ACUUUGUUGUCUCAUUAGCAGAGAUGGAUUGCCUUUUUGGAUCAAAAAUGUUGGAUUACGAAGUGACCGUGUUUACAGCCAAUCGUCCCUUUGCCGCCACCUUUAACAAUGUCUUCAUCAAGCUGGUUGGCACAAGUGGAGAAAGUGAACGCAAGUGGCUCUUGAGCUUGAGGGGAGCUUCAGCAUUCGCGAAAGGAGCCGUGGCAAGUUUUACAGUGUCCUGCCCCACCUCAGUUGGAAAACUGGUGCUAAUAGAGCUUGACAAACAGCCACUUGUGGUGUUUCCAGAGGAUGCUUGGUUCCCUGCCAAAGUCGAAGUCAAAUCACCCGAGGGAGUUACUUACAACUUCCCUAUCUACCGCUGGAUCACUGACUGCAAAGUGCACCACUUCAGAGAGGGAACAGCACUGAAAGGGUUUGAAGACAAUCAUCAUCUUGGCAGGUACAGCCGGGAGAAGGAGAUCAAGCAGCGUCAGAAGGACUAUUGCUGGGAUGUGUAUGCAGAUGGAAUUCCUCACUGCAUAAAAGCAGAUGACCUAUUGUCUCUACCUCCUGAAGUCCGAUUCUCCUUUUCCAGGCAGACAGAGUUUCUGUUCAACGCGGGGACAGGACUUGCAGAGCUGCAGUUGAAGGGGCUGGCUGAUAAUAAAAUGGGAUGGACGAAUCUUGAUGACAUCAGCAGAGUGUUUUGUUGCAAACAGACUGAAAUAUCCGACUAUGUCCAAGAGCACUGGAAGGAAGAUGCCUUUUUUGGCUACCAGUUUCUGAACGGGCUCAAUCCCAUGCUUAUUCGUCGCUGUGACGUCCUGCCCGACAACUUUCCUGUCACUGACGCCAUGGUUUUCCCUGACUGUCGCUGCUGCUUGGUGGAAGAAAUGAGGAAAGGCAACAUUUUCCUUUGUGACUACAAGCAAUUAGACGGUGUGAAAACAAACAUCAUCAAUGGCAAGAAGCAGUACCUGGUGGCUCCACUCGUCUUGCUCCAUAAAACUCCUGAUGAUAAACUCAUGCCUAUUGCUAUUCAGCUGAAGCAGAAACCAGCAGAAGACAACCCAAUCUUUCUGCCGUCAGAUUCUGAGUACGACUGGCUGCUGGCCAAGAUUUUUGUGAGAAGUGCAGAUUUCAGCGAGCAUCAGCUCAAUAUUCACCUGCUUCGCACUCACCUGCUAGCUGAGGUGUUUGCAGUGUCACUGUUGCGCAACAUACCCAUGGUGCAUCCUCUCUACAAGCUUCUCAUACCUUACACCCGCUACACUAUGCAGAUCAACUUCUUAGCUCGGAAAACACUCAUAUCUGAGGAGGGUGUUUUCACCAAAUUUACAUCUUCUGGUGGAGAGGGUAUGAGCACAUUUCUAAAGAGAUCCCUGUUCUCAGUGACGUACAGCUCUCUCUGUAUGCCUGAAGACAUUGCUGAGCGUGGGCUCGAGGACAUGCCAAACUUCUACUACAGAGACGAUGGACUCAGAUUGUGGGACAUUAUCAACAGGUUUGUACGUGGUGUCCUAAGCUACUACUACAAGAAUGAUCUUGAAGUUCAGCAAGACUCCGAACUACAAAACUGGAUUUUGGACAUUUUUGAACAUGGAUUCCUUUCCCAUCCUUGCCCAGGAAUCCCGCAGAAACUUGCUACAGUGGAUGAGCUCAUCAAGUUUGUCACCAUGGUGAUCUUCACUGGCUCAGCCCAGCAUGCUGCGGUGAACUCUGGACAGUAUGACUACGGUGGCUGGAUGCCAAACAUGGCAACCUCCCUGCAACUCCCACCGCCAACCAAAAAAGGGGAAGCGACUGAAGAAAGUAUGCUGAAAACACUGCCAGACGUCAACAUCACAGUUCAGGGCAUGGCCACCUUGUGGCUGCUCAGCCAGCAGUCCAGUGAUUUUGUACCCCUUGGACAGCACCCCGAGGACCACUUCAGUGAGGAGACUCCACGUGAGAUGAUAAAGAAGUUUCAAAAGGAGCUUGAGGCAUUAAGUGCAGCCAUCAAAGAGAGAAACAAGGAUCUGAAAGUGCCGUACACGUACAUGGAUCCAGAAGAAAUAGAAAACAGUGUGGCUAUUUGAACAAAAAGCAGUUUUCUCUCAGCUUUCUAAUAGCAACACACAAUUAUGGGGUGCAAGGUUUUGUUACGGAUGUUAUUGGAAGUUUUUAUGAACAUAGGAGAAAACAUGUUACCUGUCAUGGGCGCUGUAUAGGGGGAAAAGUUAAGACAACUCCAAGGGCCCCUGACUGACAGGGGCCCCAGUUUUUGUAAUGAUUUAGAUUUCUUUGGGGCCCAAAAUUUCUGGUGACACCCCUGCCUGUUUCACAUUCAGUUUUUGUUUGAGUGUAUAUUUUUCAAAGUACAUAUUAUUGCAUUAUACUAGUUUGAUACAUGCUGAGAAAUAUGAAGACAUAUGAAUCAGUUUAACCUGCUUGUUAGGUUUUAGGGUUAGAAUGGCCUUUUACAACAUUUUAGACCAGCAAGACACUUGCUGAGAACACCUAACAUUGUGUUUUCAGACACCUCUUGCAUAAAGGAUGUUUUUGCAACACAAAAUAGACCUUCAAGGUGUAUAUUCUUCAUAAAUAGGAAAAUAGCAAUUGUUCAGUAAAUUCUCUAACUUCUUGUUUGAAAUUCAAAAGAAUGCAUCUUUGUAAAACAUUUACUACAGAGUGCAAAUAAAAAUGCUGUCAACCAGAAAAUAUUGUGCCCAAAGUGAAAAUAAAGUGAAAAUAAUAAAAAAUAAUUCCCAGUCACACCACAGCCAUUUGAUAAAUUCUUCAGUAAAUAGACGUCAGAAAUUGUUUACAGCAUCAUCUGCCCAUGCAGAACACAUAACUGGGCUCUAAAAGAAAGCGACGACCUGAGAGAUGAGCUGAUUCUGAUUCACAGCUAUGACAUAAAGAUACCUUUAAAGGCAUACUAUG